AUGCAACACACUGAUGCCAGGGGGAGCUCCCCUGCUUUCCUCCGGCCUCAGAACGGGAGCGGUCACAGGUCUUCGGGGUACGUCCCAGGGAGAAUCGCCCCUCUCCGUCCCCCACCGCCUUCGCAGAGCCAUGCUGCAGCCGAAUUCACCUCUGCGAGACAAGAAGCCCGGACAAGACUCCCGUCCUUACCAGUGAAUCAGCACCGCCACCAGGCAGAAGCCAGCAGGCAUAAAAAUACUCUCAUUUGCUUUGCCAUUUCUAGCCUUUCACUUUUUGUUGCACUGGGGAUUUUUUUGGGAAUAGCUUCAAAAUAUGCUCCAGAUGAGAAUUGUCCCGAUCAGAAUCCUCGUCUUAAAAACUGGAGCCCUGGGAAAGAUCCUGAAAAGAGAGUUUUUAUCAAAAAAGGGGAUUUGUUUCGUCUGAACUCAGAUGCUACAGUACACUCCAUAGUUAUACAGGAUGGAGGGUUACUUGUUUUUGGUGAUGAUAAAGAAGGUUCUAAAAAUAUUACCUUGAGAACUCGAUUUAUCCUGAUAAAGGAUGGUGGAAUGCUUCAUGUUGGAGCAGAGAAAUGCCGCUAUAAAUCCAAAGCAACUAUUAUUUUGUAUGGGAAGUCAAACGAAGGUGCUGAUGUGCCAGAAUUUGGCAGAAAAUUUAUUGGCGUGGGCCCUGAAGGAACGCUGGAGCUGCAUGGGCACCAGAAGUUAUCAUGGACUCUUCUGUCAAAGACUGUGUAUUUCUCAGGGCUGGCCUAUGGUCAUUAUACAUUUAAAAAGAAUUUUUCCCGUGGACUAAAUGUGAGAGUGAUCGAUCAGGACACAGCAGAGAUUUUGGAAGUGCUGAAGUUUGAUACUCACGAAUUUUCAGAAGAAAGCUUGAAGCUCCAGAACUUACUGAAAAAUGGAAGUCCUGGCCGCAUUGUUGCUAUUGCUGUAGGAGAUUCAGCUGCUAAAAAUCUACUGGAAGAAACAAGAGUGACUAUUCAAAAUCUUCUGGGAAGUAAGUUUGUCAGAGGAUUGAGUUACAGGCAAGCCUGGGCUUUCGUUGGUGUCAUAGGUGGUGGAAAUUCUUCUUGUAAUGAAUCGGUGAGAAACUAUGAAAAUCACAGCACUGGUGGGAAAGCUCUUGCUCAGAAAGAGUUUUUCACGAUGGAUGGUCAGAAGUUUGUUGUGAGAGCUUACAGCGAAUGGAAUGAUGGUGUCCCAAUUUCAGGCUUCCAGGUAGAAGCUGUAGGUGGAGUGAUACUGAAUCUUCUGGAUGAUGUUAGUAGUUGGGAGCCUGGAGACCGGAUUGUGGUCGCAAGCACGGACUAUUCGAUGUAUCAGACAGAAGAAUUCACCCUCCUUCCCUGCCCGGAGUGUACCAAGCAUCAGAUCAAAGUCAAAGAAAAUCCUCAGUUUCCUCAUGUAGGAGAAGUUAUUGAUGGAGUGGACAUGAGGGCAGAAGUUGGAGUUCUUACGAGGAAUAUCUUAAUCAAGGGGGAGACAGAAAAUACCUGCUAUCAUGAAAAGGAGUGUCAGUUCUUCAAUUACGAUACAUUUGGUGGACAUAUCAAGAUUUUGAAGAAUUUUACAUCUGUUCAUCUCUCGUAUGUGGAAUUGAAGCAGAUGGGGCAGCAGCAGAUCGGAAGUUACCCCGUUCACUUUCACCUGUGUGGGGAUGUGGAUGAAAAGGGAGGCUAUAGUUUCAAGACUUAUGUGGAAGGUCUUUCCAUUCAUCACUGUUUUUCCAGAUGUGUGACUAUUCAUGCAACUAAUGGCUUGCUGAUAAAGGACACCAUUGGCUAUGACACACUAGGUCACUGUUUCUUCACAGAAGAUGGCAUUGAGCAGAGGAAUACUUUGUUCCACAACCUUGGGCUAGUCACGAAACCGGGCACUCUUCUUCCUACAGAUAGAAACAGCAGCAUGUGUAUUGGUAUUAGGGAUAAAGUGUAUGGAGGUUAUGUCCCAGUGCCAGCCACAGACUGCAUGGCAGUUUCAACGUUCUGGAUUUCUCAUCCCAACAAUCAUCUUAUAAAUAAUGCAGCAGCAGGUUCACAGGAUGCUGGAAUAUGGUAUUUGUUCCACAGGGUUGCUACAGGAGAUUCUCAUAGUUUAGCCAUGGAAACCAAGUCAGAGCUCACACCCCUAGGAAUCUUCUAUAACAACAGGGUUCAUUCUAAUUUUAAGGCUGGUUUGUUCAUUGAUAAGGGUGUUAAAACAACUAAUGCUAGCGUUGAUGAUCCCAGAGAAUAUCUUUGUUUGGACAACAAUGCCAGGUUUCGACCUCAUCAAGAUGCAGACCCUGAAAAGCCCCGAGUUGCUGCCCUGAUUGACAGAUUAAUCUCUUUCAAAAACAAUGAUCAUGGGGCCUGGGUCAGGGGAGGGGAUAUCCUCAUUCAAAACUCUGGGUUUGCAGACAAUGGAAUAGGUUUGACAUUUGCUAGUGAUGGGAGCUUCCCAAAUGAUGAAGGUGCCAGCCAGGAGGUAUCUGAGUCACUGUUCAUAGGUGAGAGCAAGAAUUACGGGUUUCCAGGUGGCCAAAAUAAAUACGUGGGGACUGGAGGAAUAGACAACAAGACGCGCACUCUGCCUAGAAAUCGGACAUUUCCAAUCAGAGGCUUUCAAAUUUAUGAUGGGCCUAUUCACCUUACCAAGUGCACAUUCAAAAACUUUGUGCCAACUCCAGACAGAUUUACCAGCGCAGUUGGGUUUUUGAUGAAAAAUCCAUGGCAGAUGACACCGAAAAACAACAUUUCUCUUGUGGAGUUUGGUCCGAAUGUUUCUUUGAAAGCCUUCUUUGGAAAACCAGGUCCCUGGUUUGAAGAAGGAGAUCUGGAUGGUGACAAGAAUUCAAUAUUCCAUGAUCUAGAUGGUUCAGUGACUGACUACAAAGAUACCUAUGUGGGCAGAAUGGAUAAUUACUUGAUUCAACACCCCAAAUGCAUUAAUAUUACAGAAUGGAGUGGAGUAGUUUGCAGCGGGAGCUAUGCACAGGUUUAUGUCCAAACCUGGAAUGGACAGAAUCUUUCCAUGACUAUCGUACGAGAUGAGUACCCAGCCAAUCCCAUGGUUCUUCGAGGUAUUAAUCAGAGAGCUGUCUUUCAACAAUACCAGCCAGUAGUGAUGCUCCAAAAGGGCUACACAAUACAUUGGAAUGGAAAGGCUCCGAAUGUCACCUAUCUUUAUCUCAUUAACUUCAACAAGAAUGACUGGAUUCGUGUCGGUCUUUGUUACCAACCAAAUACUGAUUUUGUUAUAAUAUUGGAAACCUUUCAAAGGCGGUCAUCUGCUCUGUCGAGCAAGGUGGAGCGCUACAUGCCUGUAUCUUCAAUGAUGGAGCUUGAAAAGAAUCGAUCAGACAAGAAGUUUUACUUUGACAACAGUACUGGAUUACUGUUUUUAUUUCUUCAAGCCAAAUAUAAUAGGGAUGGUCACAGUUAUUGCUCAUCUCAGGGAUGUGAAAGGAUCAAGAUUGUGACCAAAGAUUCAGCAAAAGGAAUCAGUAACUGCAUGGCAAAAGCUUACCCAAAGUACUACCAAGUACCAACUGUCAUAAGCCAGAUGCCAGUAAAAACUACUGUACCAUGUACAAAAUGCGGCACAACUCAGAUGGUAUUCACCAGCGAUCCUCACAAAAACUACCUCCUUGUGCAGAUUAAUUCAUCUGGUAAAAAAGAGUUAAGCAGAGGUCAGCAGGCAUUUAUUUCUGUCAAUGACACUAUGUUUUCCUUCAAGGAUAAUGGUAUACUUAUUGUUGUAGUUGAUGCCUGCGUUGGCACAGUGUCGGGAAACAAAUUAUUUACUGGAGUAGACAUUAAACGUGUAGAUGGAUAUCUGAAAUCUGGAAUUCCACAAAGGUCUGUCGUUCUACUGAGCACAAGAGGUGAUGUAGCAAUUCCUAAUAAUUUAUCAGAAGCCUUAAUGUCCCUGGGGACAGCCAAACCGCCUUAUCUUCAGAGCAACGGAAGCCUGGCCUUUCUGGGCUUCAGAGGAAACUUUAAGCCAUCCUGGAUUAAGCUGUUUACUGGUCCUGCUGGGCAUGGGCUCAUUCAGAUAGAAAAGUAUAUCCCUUUACAACUGGAAGAGUAUGGCUGUGCCAGAGCGAUCAAAAGCCGACGGAAAGACCUCGAGCUUCUGAAGAAGGCUACACGAUAUCAUUAA